AUGGGUGAAAACGCGAUCAAAACUGAUUUAAUGAACAGAUAUACCGGUGUUGACAAUGUACGACGAUUGUUUUUCGACGAGAAUCAUCAGUUGCCAAAGAGUUCGAUUGAAGUCGAUUUUACCUCGGCUACUGAUGCUCGAAAGAUUCUCCAAGACGGUCAUAUUAUUAUCAAUGAUAUUUGUCGUCGAGUUUAUGCAAAGACAAAAUUGAUUUAUGGACAAUCGUUUUAUCGAACAGCACCGUCGGAAAAUCGAGAAGAGAUAAUAACAAAACCAAUAAGUGAACAAGAUAUUUUAAAUAGAUUUGAACAGCAGAAAAAACAUUUAUUGCAUGUAAUGAAUUCUUUAGAAGCAAAAUUAAACAAUGUGAUUGAUGUUCAAUGA